AUGGAACAUGUAGAUGGUUCUGACCAGAAUAUGAAGGAGGAAUCACUUCCAGGUGAAGUGGAAGGUAGGAAUGUAAUUCAGCAUGUUACUCAGGAAGAACAAGGACAACUCCUUUUUCAUGAAGAAACCAUUGAUCUUGGUGGAGAUGAAUUUGGAUCUGAAGAGAAUGAAACUGUUUCAGAAGAUUCAAAUAACUUCAUAGAUAAGCUUAAUGAGCACAUGAUGGAAAGUGUUAUUAUUUCUGAUUCUCCCAACAACAGUGAAGAUGAUGCAGGUGAACUUGGUUGCUUGCAGGACAUUGUUGAGCCUGCAGAAGACAAAAGUGAUCACAAUUUGGAACAUAUACUAGAUAAAGAAGAGAUGGUGACCCUGAGUAAUGAUAGUGAAACUGAUCAUGAUGAUACACCUAAAGACAUUUCUGACAUAACAAGUGACAGCAGAGCAUCUUUGAAAGAAGAGCUGAUUCAAGAAGAAACAAAAGAUGAACCCAUGUUUGUAAAGGAAGGAACAAUUGACUCAGCUCCAAGUGAUGACAAAACUAACCCAGAGGAGCAGAUGUCAGAAAUAUCUUCCAGUCAGUCUUCUAAGGAUGAUCCUAUUCCUGUGUGUACCAUUUUCAGCCAGUCAAAUCAAGCUAAUUCUCAGCCUCAGUUGUUCCUUCAUGAUGGCUUUGAACCCCAGAUGGUGAAAUCUCCCAGUUUUAGCAGUGCAAGUGAAACUUCUGCCAAGACCCCACCACAGGUGGUUCAGCCAAGUCCUAGCCUAAGCAAAUUUUUUGGAGAUACUGUUAAUACUAAUUCCUUGGCUUCUGAUUUUUUUGAUUCAUUUACUACCUCUACUUUUAUUUCUGUCAGUAAUCCAAAUGCAGGUACCUCGGUGCCAGAAAAACUGUCCUCUCUCUCUACCCCAGUGGGUGAAAGUUCUCCUGAUUCUGCUGAUCCUUCUUACUCCAUGGGGAUUGAAAGAUCAGAAUCUGGUGUUUCCACAGCAUCUCUGGAAGCUUCUCAGUCUCCAAAACCAUUUUCACAGAUCCAGGCUGUGUUUGCAGGGAGUGAUGACCCUUUUGCCACAGCCCUGAACAUGAGUGAAAUAGAUCGAAGAAAUGAUGCAUGGCUUCCCAGUGAGGACACAAGAAAUGUUUUAAUUUCUGUAGCAACUCAACAGUAUAGUACAGUAUUCAUAGAUAAGGAAAAUCUCACCAUGCCAGGCUUAAAAUUUGACAAUAUUCAGGGAGAUGCAGUUAAAGACUUGAUGCUCCGUUUCCUGGGUGAACAAGCUGCAGCAAAGAGACAAGUUUUGAAUGCUAACUCAGUGGAACAGUCUUUUGUUGGAUUGAAACAGCUAAUUAACAGCAAAAACUGGAGAGCAGCAGUUGACCUAUGUGGACGACUUCUUACAGCCCAUGGCCAAGGCUAUGGCAAAAGUGGUCUACCUACCAGUCACACAACAGAUUCUCUACAGCUCUGGUUCGUGAGGCUGGCUUUGUUAGUGAAACUGAGCCUUUUCCAGAAUGCUGAAGUGGAAUUUGAGCCUUUUGGGAAUCUGGACCAGCCUGAUCUUUAUUAUGAGUACUACCCUCAUGUAUAUCCUGGUCGAAGAGGCUCAAUGGUGCCUUUCUCAAUGAGGAUUUUGCAUGCAGAGCUUCAACAAUACCUGGGAAACCCUCAAGAGUCACUUGAUAGGCUUCACAGCAUGAAAACCAUCUGUAGUAAGAUACUGAGAAAUUUGGAACAAGGCUUAGCUGAAGAUGGGAGCAUGAGUAACAUUACACAAGAAAACAGGAAUGCCUCUGUUCAGCUGUGGAGGUCACGUCUGGGCCGGGUGAUGUACUCCAUGGCAAACUGUCUGCUAAUGAUGAAGGAUUAUGUACUUGCUGUUGAUGCAUAUCAUUCAGUCAUCAAAUAUUACCCAGAACAAGAGCCUCAGCUGUUGAGCGGAAUUGGAAGAAUUUUCCUUCAGAUUGGAGACAUAAAAAUGGCUGAAAAGUAUUUUCAAGAUGUUGAGAGAGUAUCACAGAAACUGGAUGAACUUCAGAAUAAAAUAAUGAUUUUAAUGAACAGAGCAUUCCUUCAUCUUGGACAGAAUAACUUUGCAGAGGCUCACAAAUUCUUCACAGAAAUUCUGAGGAUUGAACCAACAAAUGCGGUGGCUAAUAACAAUGCUGCUGUUUGUCUGCUUUAUCUGGGGAAAUUGAAGGAUUCCCUCCGGCAGCUGGAAGGGAUGGUUCAGCAGGACCCUAAACACUACCUACAUGAGAGUGUUCUUUUCAAUUUGACAACUAUGUAUGAACUGGAGUCAUCCCGCAGUAUGCAGAAGAAGCAGUCUCUGCUUGAGGCUGUAGCUGUCAAAGAGGGUGACAGCUUUAACACUCAGUGUCUCAAGUUAGGAUAGAUCAUUUAAUUUUGCCAGUUCCUUUCCUGAAAGGCUAAUGGUUUUUAACCCCCCCCCCCCAAAAAACUGUAUAUAUUAAAGCUAAUAUAUAAAUGUUACUGUAACUGAUUAAAUAAAAAUCUCUUGUAUUAU